UUUUUUUGGUUGGUUGGUUGGGUUUUUUCCCCUGGGAACAUGAAGGGAUGAAGAGAAGCUCCGUGCUUUAUUAAUUAUCCUGGAAAACUGCCCCCGGAGUCAGACUCUGAACAUGGACAGCUAGAAGAAAAGUAAAGUCGAUUUGCAAACUUGAAUGAACCACUUCUGGCAUGAGAAGGAUGGAAAGGAUCAACUCGAUGUGGAAGAGAGCGGUGCAGAAACAAACUUACUUUUCACUGUAAAUUCCAGAAAUACUCGCUGCGUAAUUUCUGAGAAGGAUACCGGUAAUUGCAGAUAACAUUCAGGGCGAAGAGCUUCAUCUGAUGUUGUGGGAAAUGCUGGCGAGAGGGUGAGGUGCUUCUCAAGGCUAUUUGAGAUGGAUGUUUUGAACCUGUGGAUAUUCCUAAGCCUGGGGUGGGAGACACGAGGACACCACAUCCCUGGAAAUGCCUCCCCGUGCCUCACCUAUGUGGGACUGACGAUUCCCUCACGCUUCCUGGUGUUCCUGUAGAUCUGAACUGAUUUCUUGCUAGCAACCUGUUUUGCUGAUCUUUCCGGAUUUAUCUGCUGGAGGAGGGACUCGUUACCGAGGAUAUAUAUAUAUUUUUUUUUUUUUUUUAAAUGUGUUUGUUUAAAAUAUGCCUUUGAGCUCCCAGCGGCCUUUGAGCACGUGGCACCAAGGCAGGGAAGCAGUGAUGGUGAGAAGCAGAGAAGUUUCCCGGUGAGCAGCGCUGCCCGGUGCCCGAGCCCCUCUCUCCCCCGGGCUGGGAAAAACUCCAGGAGCUGUGCCGAGGGCUAGAGGUUGCCGCAGGGUGAGGACUCGUUCCUGAGCGGUAUGUGUGGCCCGAGCCUGGUGCUGCAGCUGGUAGCAUGAGUGCUGGCCCCCCGCUGCAGCUGGCUGUCCCCUGGCUCUGGCUGCUCAUGGCGACCCUGCAGGCAGGGCUUGGCCGGACCGGGCUGGCGCUGGCGGCUGCCGUCGAGUCGGAGAGGGCGGCGGCACAGAAAGCCAUCAUCAGGGUGAUCCCCCUCAAAGUGGAGCCCAUCAUCCUGGAAGGGGAGUUCGCCAACGUCGCCGAGGUGACUCCAGCCGAAGGAAAACUGCUGCAGUCCCACCCGCUGUCCCUGUGCAACUCCAGUGAGGAUGAACACACGGAGUCAGGAUUCAUCACCAUUGUCAAGCUUGAGCAGCCGGAUCGGGAUCCCAACCCCUGCCUCUCACUGGCCAACAAGGCAAAGCUGGCAGGGGAGCGUGGAGCCCGUGCGAUCCUUUUUGACAUCACCGAUGAUGAAAGUGCUGCUGAUCAGCUCAAAAAGCCCAGAGGUCUGAGUCAGCCUGUGGUUUUGAUCAGGGGCCAUGAUGCUGAGCUUCUCAUGGGUGUUGUGAACAAGAACAGAGAGGCUCACGUGAAGAUAGAGGUCAAGGAGCCACCAGCUUGGCCAGACUAUGAUGUGUGGAUUCUUCUCACAGUGGUCAGCACCGUGGUCGUCAUAAUUUUGAUUUUUGUUGUCCGCACAAAGUGCCAGCUGAACAGGACUCAGGACUCCUUGCAGCAGCAGACCAUGCAGGCCAUCGGGCAGCUGGCCACACGCAAGUACCAGGGGAGGUGCCGGCAGGCGUCGCGCUGGGACUCAGCCAGCAGCUGCAGCUCAGCCCCGGUCUGUGCCAUCUGCCUGGAGGAGUUCAGUGAGGGCCAGGAACUGCGGAUCAUCUCGUGCUCCCACGAGUUUCACCGGGAGUGUGUUGACCCCUGGCUGCAGCAACACCACACGUGUCCACUUUGCAUGUUCAAUAUUCUUGUCAGAGACUCAGUGGACCAGGCCACAGCCGCUGGCUCCAGGCUGGCCCCUCAGGACAUGGAGCCUGGAAGGCGACUCCACCUUUUCCGCCAGCACCCGGGACAUGCCCUUUACCACCUCCCACACGCGUAUCCUCAGAGGAACCUCAGGAGCUUUCCCCCAGAGCCAGCCCAUGGAAACCUCUUCUUCCACUCUCCAGAGCUCUCCCAGCUGGAUUUUGGCACCAUCCACUACAUGCCCUACAGGCCAGCCACCUCCCUGUUGACCUGUGGCCACCCAUCCCCACUGGCCCCAAGCCUGCUGGGCCAGCAGCACCGCAACUCCUCCUCAGUAUGUGGGCAGACUCUGCCACCCCAGACAACUUGUUCUGUCCAACCCCAGCCCCCCUGCCUGGGGCUGAAGGCAGCCCCCGUGCAGAAGCAGCACCGGGCCCCUGUCCUGCGCAGGGGGUUCAGCCACGGGCACCAGCACAACAGCAGUGGCUCUGGGGAGAGCUAUCUCACGGAGCACAGCGGGUACCUGGCAGAUGGGCCGGGCAGCGACUCCAGCUCGGGGCCCUGCCACGGUUCCUCCAGUGACUCCAUGUUGAACUGCACGGACAUCAGUCUGCAGGGCAUCCAUGGCAGCUGCUCCACCUUCCGCAGCUCCCUCAGCAGUGACUAUGACCCCUUUGUGUACUGCAGCUCGGAGGGACCCGCCAGGGACAAUGGCCAGGAGCAGCUACGGCCGCUGAGGGAGAUGCGGCCCAGGUCCUUGGACCUGGUGGUACCUGGGGGUGCUGCUCCAGCCAAGCAACAGGUGCUCAGCCACGUCCAUUACCACCACCACCAGCACCACCACUACAGAAAAGAUGCAGAGUGUCCUCCUGGGCAGGCUGGGCAGGGGCCCGGGCAGCGCAGAUCCCGGUACUCUGGAGCCAAGGUUGGCUUCCACAGCUCUCGGACACACAGAAGGACUGAGAAAGGCCAUCAUUGUCAGCAGCCUCUGGAAAGCAGUGGUGUGCUAAAGGAGGCAGCUCUGGCUGGACAGCCAACCUGUCCCCAGCAAGGCCAGGAGCCCCCUCAUGCCCCCUCCACUUCUCCAAACAGGUUGAACUUCAGUGUAGAUGCCAACAGGCAGGCAGGGACAGCCAGCACGUCGCUUGUCCCGUUGCCCCGGAGACACAGCUUACAGAGCCGCCAUCACCGAAGGAAAAGAAAGUGUCCCCUGGAGCCUGACCCCGCUCUCCUGCCUGAGGACUCGGCUUUGCCCAAAGCCUGUGGUGCUCACAUUCCUCAUGGCCACUCAGCUGGAGAGCUCGUGGAGUGAGUGCAAGCUGCUAUUUUGGCAUCUUCAUGCCACAGAAGGUUUUGCUAAACACUUCAAAAAUAAACAAGCCUUCAAGUCCAAAAGCUGCAGAAAUUACUUUCUGUGGCCUAGUAGCUACUGACUUCAUUUCCUCACUUAGGUCAAAAGCCAGAAUUCAUUUAACUUUUCCAUUCUUACGUGGGAACAAGCUGUUCUUCAUCUCACCACUCACAGGUAUGCCUUGCAAGGUGAUUCUUCUGACUUCAUUAGAAACCAGCAGCUGUCACCACUUUUGAUCACUUCACUGUCCCUCAACUGAUGCCAUUUCAGUCCUUUGCUGUGUUUUGCCAUCAGGAGAGGUGAAGACAUGGGGACAAUGUCAGCACAUUUGGGAAGGAGCUAGGUCAGACUCUUUCCAUUGCAAAGAAUCCAUCCUCUCAUCUGCCAAUGUGAACAAGUCUCUUACUCAUCCUCUAACUCCCCCACCUACCCUCAAAAUAGGUGUGAUGGCCAGCCCUGUAGGGAACAACUCAUUUGUUGAGCAUAUUUCAAACCUGAAAUGCCCCUUCACAGUAGUCACAGAAAAUCCUUGAGUUCUCUUGGCUCCUGUUUCUCUUUCCUCCCUCCCUCCCUGGACCUCCCAGCCAAAGUAUCCAAAAUAUAUGCAGAGCAGAGCCUCAUUCAUCAGCCAGCCUUAUCUUCAUAUUUCUGAGACACCUGAAAUGAUCCUGGAAAGGAUUUUUUUCAAAAUACCCUUCUGCCUUUUCUAAAAUUUUGUUGAUGGAGAGAGAGAACUUGAGAAACUGCCAGAUUCUCAUUUUACUACAUUUUUUCCCCUCCCAUUUGUAGGUUUGGGGGUUUUAUGAAUGUCAUUAGUUCUUAUUUCCCACGUCUCAUAACUUGGGGACAUUCAAGUAAAAUAAAAUAUGCCAAAUUCAAAACACAGCAUGGUUUGGGUUGGAGGAACCUUAACGAUCAUCUAGUUUUGAUCCCAAAAUAUAUAGAACCCAAACAGUAUUCAUACAUCAGGGAAUUAGACUGUUGAGUUAAUGCCCUAAAUGAUUAUUCAGGCCAAAGAAUUUCCAGAUUCCUACAUGAGGUGCACAUUUAUGUGGCACCAAGAGGUUCCAGAGAAGAAUUGGUGAGGAUAGAACACUGAAACUGAAGGUACCUUCUGACACUGUAUGAACAGCCUUCCCCUGUCUGCUCAGUGCUCAGGAAGCUUUCUAUCUUUGAAGCAGCAGCUUCUUCUCCAGUUGAAGAGAGCAUCCUGGUUGUGUAGUCUGAGUUCAGGAUAACCAUGCCUCUGUCUUCCUUCAUUGGUGAGGAAAGCUUUUUAAUGGGGUUUGCUGCCUUUAGUCUUUGAAAAAGGCAUCUUUGUCCCAGCUCCUGUCACUGACAUUCAAAGGUUGGUAUUAAAAGUCAGCCAAUAGCACUGGUUUAAACAAAAUAUUAUUCCCUUGCUAGUGUUUAUUUGUUGUCUCCCAUGAUCAAGCCACUGCAGGACCUUCCAGGCUAGAGAACAGAUGAAUCUCUUUCAUCCAGCAGAUUUAUAUUUUAACCUUUCCAGGAUCUUCUUGCUUGUCCUACAGUGCAAGCAGAAGACACAAGCCCAAAUGUUUUCUUGCCUUGCAGGGAAGCCAGUGUUCAAGGAAAAAAAAAUCAGGAGUGUGUUUAGAUUCCCAUAUUAAACUUCUUGUGCAUAUGGUGCAUGGCUUAUCUCAACCAGCUCCCUGCAUCCUUGCCCAUCCUAGAGGGCUCAGAUGACUUGACAGAGCGCAUGAGGUCUGGGUGCUCCUAUUUGUUUCCUCAGGAGUCAAGAAGGCUGAGAGCCUCCAGGGAUGCAUUUCACUCCCUCAAGGGAAUGAGCAUCUGGUUUGCAGUAUAAAAGUCAUCCUCUCUUUCCCUCCUUACCUUUAAAAAAAAAAGGAGGGCUCUGAAUCUGCAGCAAGCCCAAAGCUUCUUGGAGAGAGUGGUCAGCACUAACACAACCAUUCCACUCCCCACUGCAGUAUUACCAGGCUGUGCAGGGCAAUAUCUUCUUCAAAGUAUUUUCCUUUCCUGAUGUUAUGCUGCUUCUUCUUUUCAUCUAGAAAAUGGCCAUCCUAGAUACUGGACCCUCCUCCCCUGGGCUUGCUGAGCUGAAUGAGUGUGCAUGUCUGCCUUGGUGGGCUCUCAGGUGAGAGGAGAGGGAGGAACUCUCAGAGAAGGUGGUUUUUAAGAUUGUCUUCAGUAGAUGGACUCCCAUCCUUGGCUGCCUGGAGGGGAAGAAGCAAUGUCUGAGAAAAUGGGGAAUAGCUCCUCUUAGUUCUGUACCUCUGACUUCAGAGUGAUGCUUUUGAGUGCUCAGUACCCUUGGGCUCUGUCACUGAAUUCUUUCAGCAUCGUUGCAAUGAAGCAGUGCUCGUUUUCCUUCGUUGCGUCCAAGGCCCCAGCAGAAAGCUGAUGAAAGCCAUAACAUCCCCGGGUCCUUCCCUCCGAAACGGGAGCCCCAGCUCUUCCGCCGGGACCGAGGCUUCCCAGGACCUCCUGCCCCACCGAGGUGGACCCUGUGCUGGGCUGCCGGACCUCCUCCUUCCUGCACAGAGCCUCUGCUCUUUUUAUAAUGUUCAGAUCCUUUUCAAAUGUGAAUAUGAGUUUUGUUGAUGCUGGUUUUUCUGUUUGUUUUUUUGUUGUUUUUUUGUUUUGUUUUUGUUUUUUCACCUGAGUCAGUCCUGGCUCUCGGGGCUUGAGAAUAAAUUAUGACCCCCCUAAAAAGGAAAAAAAUACGUUUUAUAUAUAUGCAAAACCGUGUAUUUAUGUCUGAUAGAAACAAAGAUGUGUGAAUAUGGUGAUGUGCUCAGAAAUAUAUUUAUUUACUAAUAUAUUUAUCC